GUUCCCAGAUCUAUGUUGACGAUCGUGGUUUCAAAAUCUCACUAGGGAAUUUUUUGAAAUAAACUUGGUGAAUCUCUAAAAAUAUAAUAUUUCCCAAAUUAUUGAUAUUAUAAACAACUGCGAUAAAAUAAAGAUAAAUAGUUAAAAUCUGAAAGCUAAUUGAAUUUGUUAUACCGUCGAACCGGCGAUGUAACCUAUUUACAAUUACCACAAAGAAUAAAAAUUUGUAAUAUAUCCUGCUGCUUGAGGACAAAAAGAAUUUAAAUUUUGAUGGCUUUUUCACAAUCGAACUCAAGAGAAUUACAAAACAGAAAAAUUUUGGAAGAAUUGCAACUAAAGAAACAGAUGCUUUUGAAGCAAGGUGUGGCCCCAACAUUAAAUACAUCAUUGGCAGUUACAUCAACAGGUUCUUCUAAUUUGCCUCCUACACAACCUUCUGAUGGUGUUGCAAUGAGUGCCUCACAGAGAGCUGCUUUACAUAAUGCACAUGCAGCUUCAUCAGGAUACUUUGUGACACAGGACUCAUCCUUUGGCAAUCUUAUUUUACCAGUUCUUCCUAGAUUUGAUACAUUAGAGAAAAUGGCUAGUAUUCCACUUCGUAAGUUAGAAGAAUAUUUACAACAGUUGGAUGGAUUUGAUAAACCAAAAAUAUUGCUUGAACAAUAUUCUACCAGUGCUCACAUAGCAUCAUGCAUGCUAUAUUGUGCUCAAUCACAAUUUAAUGAUAUAGAAGGACGGGUGGUAGCUGAUCUAGGUUCUGGAUGUGGUGUUUUGUCUCUUGGAGCACAGAUGCUUGAAGCAGGUCACGUAGUUGGCUUUGAAAUUGAUUCUGAUGCACUUGAAAUUCAAUCUAGAAAUUGCAAUGAAAUUGAACUGUUUGUGGAAGCUAUACAAUGUGAUGUGCUUCAAUAUUUGCCAGGAAGGUUUGAAAAAUAUUUUGAUACAGUGAUUAUGAAUCCACCUUUCGGAACAAAACAUAACGCGGGUAUAGACAUGAAGUUUCUGGACGUUGCAAUCAAAUUAGCGUCAAAUACUGUAUAUUCUUUGCACAAAACAAGUACGCGUAAUUAUGUUCUUCAAAAAGCCGCUCAAUUUGGAGCGAAAAGUAAAGUUAUUGCCGAACUGAGAUAUGAUUUACCGAAAGCUUAUAAAUUUCAUAAAAAAGCCUCGGUGGAUGUCGAGGUGGAUUUUAUACGAUUUGAAUUAAACCAAUGAAGGAUUUUCAUAAAAUCAGAUGUACGUUCUGAUUAUUCGAACUUCAAGCCUUGAGCCAAUGGCAGUUCCUUUCCGUAAUUUAUCGUAACAGUUCCACGUCGCAUGUAGUACUUCCACGAAUCACUUCCACUCUCGCGACCAUAUCCCGUUGCCUUUUCUCCUCCAAAUGCUCCACCAAUUUCAGCACCGCUUGUUCCAAUGUUGACGUUUAUCAAUCCACAGUCAGAACCGUGAGGUCCAAUCCACUGUAAAACAUUAUUUUAAUAAUAUUGAUAAAACACAGUUAUAUCACGGUAAUAUAACUACACAGUUAUGUUCUUACUUGGAAUACAUUUCCAAGACUCUUAGUAAACAGGGCGCUACUUAAUCCUUGUGGUACACCAUUAUUGAUAGCAAUAGCUUCUUCCAAAGACUUCACUUCAAAAACGUACGCAAUUGGUGCGAAAGUUUCUUGCUGAACUAUUUCAGCGGUGGGUGGGAGACCAGAAAUAAGCGUUGGUUCAACGUAGAAACCAGGCCUGUUUAUUUGUUUUCCACCAAAUUCAAUCUUCCCGCCAUUGCUUACAGCAGUUUGUAUUGCAUUCUGUAAAAAAAAAAAAAAAAAAAAAAAAA